AUGGUAGGCGUUUCAUUAAAUAAUCAAAAUAAAGCUGAUGAUAAAGAACAAUUGGUUGGAGCCAACAGUACCGAUGUUCUCGUUACUGUUUUGCCAAUGAAAGAUGAGCUUCCGAUCCCAUUGGAAGCGGAUGUUCGCCGUAAACAAGCAUCAAUUUUAUUCGGUUGCCUGUCGGCAUUAUUCAUGCUUGGAUGCUUAGUUAUUGGAACGUGGCUUCUCUUUGAUUUUAUUAAUCGUACAAAUCAUACAUGGCAUCAAACAUGUCGCUUUCGUGUAAAACCAAUGGGUACAGAUAAUGAUGCUCCAAUUUUCUUUGAUCACGGCGGAUUAACUGCUGUGGAUGACGGCAAGAAUCAAAUUUUGAAACCGGUAUUACCUCCAAAGAUUCAACAAGAAUUUCAACAGGAGGUAAACGUUGAUUUGAAGAAGAAUCUUGAAACAAUUGAAGUACCACAAAUCGGCGCAACAAGCACUGUUCGUAUUAUUGAGGAUUUUGAUCAUAACAUCACUGCUAUUCGUGACUUUGCCGUAAACAAAUGUUUCAUUAUGCCGCUUGAUCGUCAACAUGUACCAAAUCCAGCAAAUCUUAUUCAAACAUUUUUAGCUAUGAUGUCUGGACAAUUUUUACCUGAUAAUGAAGUGUUACGUAAAACCAUGAAAGUUCAAACACCAGCUUUAACUGAAGCUGAUGUUGAAAAAUACGGCCCUAUUGUUUCUGGUACAUGUCCAAAAGAGAUCAAAACGUAUCGCCUUGUGCCAAAAACAGCUGAAGAAAUGAAAAAUCGUCGACGUCGUUCACCAGACAGUUUAUCAUUUAUGUAUUCGGUUGGCGCACAUGCCAUCAUGUUCGAUAUCGAUCAUUAG